AUGGGUCUCCAAGGGCGCCCGCCGUGUCCGAAAGGGAAGUUCUGGGACGCUCUCCUGGAGCGGUGCAUGCCCUGCGGCCUCGCCUGCCACACGCGCAAGUUCCAAGGAUGCGCCGACUUCUGCAGCUCCAUGGACUGCAGCAAGCGUCCGGGCUUCUACUACGACAAGCUCCUUCGAGACUGCAUCGAUUGCUCCGGCGUUUGCGGGCAGCACCCCAAAGAGUGCGACCCAUUCUGCCAAGGGGAUCGGACCUCGCUCGGCAUUCACCAAGUUGCAAAGCAGGAUGCUCCUGCGACCUCCAUGCCGGUGCCGUCCGCUCUGCAGGGUCCCCAGUGCCAGCUGUUUCCGAUAUGUGACCCGGGGAUGUUUGUCUACAUCGGCCUUGGGCUCUGCCUUUGCACGCUGCUCUUUGUGCUCUUGAUGUGGGUUUACUUCCGAAAGCGAGGAGAGGAGGCGACUUCUCAAGCCGGCCCUGAGACUCGCCACAAAAAGGGGGAACACCCAAAAGAGAGUCUAAUGGAAGAAGGAAGCUUGACCGGUGGAUCCAGCAGCAGCCAGACCCCGGAGCCCAUCGAGACCUGCGGCUUCUGCUUCCCCGAAGUGAGCCCAGCCAUUCAAGAGACCAAAGCGUGCUACACCAAGGCAUACCAGCCUGCGGCGCAAGCGCAUGCUGCGGUGACGGGAACCCUUCCGACCCCUGAAGACGGCCACUUCCCAAUCAUAUGUUGUCCCUCUCAAGAAAAGAUGCAAGUGGCCUGAACUUCAGGAGCUGACUGGACGCUACGUGAAAGCAUCCCCGAGAAAGCUGCUCCAAUCUCUCCUGCUCCUUCCCACAUCCAACUC